CAGGUCGCGUGCUUUGCGUUGGGGUCGUCGUCCUCAAGCGUAGGAGGAGCUGCCGCCUUUGUCUAAGAAACUUUGGUUGUACUCCUAAGAGGACGAGACACGCGUGUACAGUGUGGGACACAAAAGACUGAAUCACGACGACUUGUAGCUUUCUUGGGACGAGGAUGUCAUCCCGGCAGGGAUACCGAGCAUUGAGUGAGGAAAGCUACGAUGUAGAGGCCCUUAGCGGCUUAGACGGUCAAGAUGUCCCUCCCACGACCACAUCCACCACCACCACCGGAAACGCCACUACUGCCUCCACGUCUGCCACUUCUCCGUCGCUUUCUGCCCCCCUUCCAAGAUCAUCUCCAGUUUCCCCGCCUGCUCCCUCCCCAGGGCCUAGUGGACCCCCUCAGUUUCCCAUACGCAUUUUAGACACGCACGGGAAAGAGCAUGCCCUGGAUGCCGAGAGCCCCUUGUCAACCAUCGGCACACUCAAAGUCAAAGUGCAGGCAGCAUCCGGUGUAUCACCUGCACAGCAGCGUUUGAUAUUCGCCGGGCGAAUGUUGCAAGACCAGCAGACGCUUCGGUCGUGCGGGGUGGAGGCGGGCUGC